AUGAAAAAAGACUUCGUUGGGUGGAUACUAUCCACUGCCUUGUUUAGCUCUUUGGGAGCGUCAAAUACCCUUCCGUCAAACAGAAGUAUUGUUGUCGAUGAAGCCCCCAGAUUCGUCCGUCCAUACGUCCUCCCGAAAUACAAGGGCCAUGGAAUUGGGCUCACGAAGUCGGGCCAAACAAUUCGCUUCUCUAUCACUGCCAGCUCGUCUGACGGCGCCUUCUCUCUUGUCCAACACAACGGCAAACCUUCCAGGCUGGUUAUCAGCACGACCACACACCCACGGGGUGACACACGAGCAUCUGUACUGCUCUCGGGUCGCUGUCAACUCUGGGGUUUGCAGAAUGUCACCGACGCCAGCCACGGGCCGCGUCGCUACACCAGGGGAUUGCGGUAA